AGGUGUCGUCCUCACAACUGCCGCCCGUGCUAGUAUCCCGUUGGAAGCAGGAUAUAUUUCUGCACUGCCGAUCGCCUUCCUGUGGGGCAUACAUAUAGUCCCUAUUCCACGAUGGUCUCCUUCUUCGGCUUGAAGUUUGGGGCCGAUAAGAAAAAAAAGGCCGAUAAGUCGGCAGAGCAGAAGCCGCCGCAACAAUGGAAGAGAAUCGAUCAAAACACCCUGGGCGAAGGUCAGUUCUUUGGCACGAAUGUCGGAAGCACCAGUGUCAUCAAUGGCAGCAUCCGCUCCGUCCCGAGGCCAGGAACUUCCCACUCUACGCGGUCGAGGUCGCCGUUCGUGUAUAACACCCACAACCUGGCGGCAUCAAGCAUGCUUGACCUCCCCAAUGGCGGUCAUGCGAAGAAUAUGAGCUUUUCAAGCCUGAAGCCUUCGUCUUCCGACAUAAAUCUACGCAUGAACUUCACAAACGCCUCGUCGGCGAGCCUUGGUAUACCAGGCCCGGCAUUCGAUUCGCGGCCUGGGACGCCGGGUGGCACUAGGACGAAGGCGUGGGUGAAUCCGCUCGACGUCCACUUCGGCAGAAGUGGGGUCUCGACGCCGCCCAAGUCCUCUCUCGGACAAUUUGAGCUCAAUGCGGACUUGUUCAACGGAGAAAGAGAUGGAGCGUCGUUGCUGGGGGAUAAGCCUGAAACCCUGACGCAGGCCAUCAUGGGGUCUAUCGAGCAGAGGGAGAAAGAAAGGAUCCCCCGAGAGAACGGGGCAGAGAGGGAACAGGGACGGACAGGCAAAGAGGCGGGGAUAGAACGGGCAAGAGAAAGAGAAGCGGGGUUGGGCCGGCAGCAGGAGAGGCAACAACAACCAACAGCAGCAGCGAGAUCGCCGCCUCCCGGUCCCCUGGAGUAUUCGUCACCACAAGGGUCGAUGAAUGGCCCGUUGAACGGUCCCGCAGAUCGGCCAAGGUUCCAGGGUCAGAUCGACCAGCGCCCAGGAAGCCGGGGAGGAUUGAGGAAUGGUCCGACGAUGGAGCCUAUGGAUCGGCCAAGAUUUCACGGACAUGCUGACCCAAGGCCGGACAGUCGAAAUGGGCGGAGGAACGGUCCUACACAUGCUCCAGCGAGCGGCCUAACGAAUGGUCCUGCCAAAAGCCCGAUGAUUGAUCCUAUGUACGGUCAGGCCCGUUCGCAGGAACCAUCCUAUGGGCAGAAUGUCCACGGACCGGCCUCGUUGCCUUCGCCUACCGGUUCCAUGCCACGUUCCGGCGAGGACCUUCACGGCGUGCAAUACGAUAAGCCAGUGAUUCAGAACGUCAGUGCUAAGCGAGAUACUCUUACCAUCAGCACAUACCGAAAACAGAGCUUGACGAUGAAGAUCGAGGAGUUUGAAAAAUCCUUGGUCGAUGCUCAACAAGCCAUAGAGAGCCCAAGGAAGGAUAGUGGCUCCAGUAGCCAUUACGAUGAUGAGAACAAUGGCGAGUUGGCGCAAGAACCGCAAAAUUCACGGCGUCCCUCGCCUCCCUUUGCUGCCUCCAAUCCCAUACGCACACAAAGCCCCAUACGUGCCCCCCCGAGACACGGGCAGAGGCCGAGACGGCCCAACCCCGACGAAUAUGGUGUCCGGAUGGUACCGGACUCGAGGCCAGGGCCAGGAGGACCAGGCCCAAUGCUUGGACAUGCAGGGCAGGAGCCACGGCGCCCCGGUCUCGCCGACACACCCCAUUUCCCGCCGCCUGCGCCACGCACAGGGCCUCCUCUGCAACCCCGCGAAACGAAUUGGCGCGAGCAAGGUGGCGAGGACCGCGGUAUGCAUCCGGACAAGUUUACCAAGCCACGGCCAAGUCCGCGGCCGGGUGUCCCCGACGCAGUCCCCAACACCCACGUAGCUCCCUCAACGCCAGACUCCAGCGGCUGGCCACUGCCGUCGCCGACAAUAUCCAGCGCCCCCCCGACGCAGCCUGUCGAUCAGCACUCGCCUAGCUCGUCCGCCACACUCAGCCCGAGGCUGGCCCGCCCCAAGGUCCCGCCGCCACUCACCUUCGACUUCUCGCCACAGGCGUACAGCCGGGCGAACGGGCCCUUCACGCCGCCCCUGCGCGUGAACAUCGAGCAGCAAUGGCACUCGUCCCCGGAAGCCCGGCCCGGCACUGCGGCGGGCAGCAUCCCGUCGGUCGCCCCGGUGGUCCCUGCUGUCGACGGCCCCGGCAACCACAGCCCCACCACCGGCUUUGGUCUCGGGCCCCAGAUCGGCGUGGCGAGGGGCCUGUCGGUGCGGGAACCCCAGGGCCUGGCUCCGGGCGAGAGGAGGCCCAAUUACGGCCUCAAGUCGCCGACGGGGAUUGCGGACAACUUCGGGACGGGAUUUAUCUGACGUGCGAGGGUGGUGUGUUUGUCUUGUCCAUUCUUGUGUAUAUAUAUAUAUGUACAUUCCUUCGGAGAGAGAUUGUGGGCAUGUGUGUCAUGGAACCACGAACGAGGUACGGCUUCGCAGUGGGCUUGGAUAUUAACGACGCAGGGACAGGGGCAUUGGGCUCGAUG